AUGUCCACUCCUCAGACAUUGAAUGCUACCCGGACGGUGCCACCUCACCAUCUGGAUCACCGAAGCCUUCGAAUCGAGGACCGCUACCUCCCGCCUCCAAACCCAAGACCGUCAAGCAACCUGAGCAACGGCUAUCAAAACAACAUCCCAGCUCGUCCAUCCAGCAACCUCUCAUAUCGAGAGCUCCAGCCCCCACAUCGCCCAGAGAGCGGUGCGGGAUAUACCCACAGAGCAGCAGGAGCAGGAAGUGAAUACGCAGCUGCAAACGGUCGAUCCCCGCAGCAGCAAUUCGAGGACUUGAGACGCACCAACAGCAGGACAAGCCAAACACAUCACAGACAACUUCCUCCGCUCCCACACCAGCAGCACGUCUCGAGUACAUCACGUGCGCCCGCGGCAACCGUGGGAGGUGCAGCUGAAAUGCCGAGUCACCAGCAAUACGAGGCUCAGCAUGGCGAUGCUCAGGAUCGAAACAGCAAGCGCAGACACAAAGACCCCGUGGACUGGGUCGCUUUCUUCGGGGGCAAGCCGCCGGCCGAGAUCAUUGAGAUACAUGACGAUGAUAGCCCAGCGCCUUCAGCGACCAUUCAGCGCCCACCACCGCCCACAACCAAUGGCUCAAAUACUUCACAGCAUGUUGAUAAGAAAAGACGUGUGAACGGUGGGAGUGGUGAGGUUGCAACCUACAGCACCACCAACACUCCUUACUCGAACGGGGCUUCCACAGAGAGCUUGCAAGCCACCACAGCCUCGACCUCGCUCGGCUCACAAGCUAGCAGCGGAAGCAGAGUAGAGACCGCGCAGACUGGCCAGAAGCGCAAGCGAACCACCCGAACUUCAGAAGUCGACCGCAAGAAGCAAGAAGUCGAACGACCAGGACCAAAGGGAUACCUGGCCGAGUACGGCGAAUACGUCCCUCCGGCAAAGCAGGCCAAGAAGCAGAAAGAUGUCAUUGUCAAUGCCAUACACGACCGGCACAAGCCAACUGAGAAGGUGGAUGACGAAGACGGACAUUACAUCGUCCAUGAGAACACUCGCCUAGGCGACAAAUACACCCUCAUCUCCCUUCUCGGCCAAGGCACGUUCGGCAAAGUCGUCCGUGCAAUCGACAUGCGGAGUCGAAGAGAGGUGGCAGUCAAGAUCAUCCGUGCCGUACCUAAGUAUCGUGAUGCUAGUCGCAUCGAACUCAGAGUGCUCCAGACGUUGCGAGCUGCGGACGAACACAACCGUAAUCGGUGUAUUCAGCUCCGUGACUGCUUCGACUGGAGAGGGCAUAUCUGCAUUGUCACACCUCUUCUCGGACUUUCCGUGUUCGACUUCCUCAAGAGCGGAGGCUUCGUGCCUUUCCCUGGAUCACACAUUCAAGCAUUCGCACGCCAGUUGCUCGGUUCGAUCGCCUUCUUGCACGACUUGAACCUCAUCCACACCGACUUGAAGCCGGAGAACAUCCUCCUGCUCAACCACACAUACCAAACCUUCACCUACAACCGCAACAUCCCAUCGUCGAGCACCUUGACGUCAAGGCAGGCCAAGUUCAGAAGAGUGCUUCUCAGCCCACACAUCAACCUCAUCGACUUUGGUAGUGCAACUUUCGACGACGAGUACCACAGCUCAGUCGUCAGCACGCGUCAUUAUCGUGCGCCGGAGAUCAUCCUAGGAAUUGGAUGGUCGCACCCGAUCGACUUGUGGUCGCUUGGCUGUAUUCUUGUCGAAUGCUGGACUGGCGACGCUCUGUUCCAGACCCACGACUGCUGCGAGCAUCUCGGCAUGAUGGAGGCUGUGACGGGCAACCCGAUCGACCGUUCACUCAUCCGAGAAGUACAGCGUCUGUCCAAACGGGGCGACAGGAACUCUGCGGCUCGAUUCUUCAAGAAUGGCCAUCUGAACUAUCCAAUGCCCGACACUCCACGCCAAUCUAGGAAGUUCGUGCGUGGCAUGAAGCGUUUGGAGGAUAUCAUUCCGCAGACAACCAACUUCAACCGACUGUUCCUCGAUCUGCUGCGGAAGAUCUUCGUGUACGACCCCAAGAAGCGUAUCACCGCGCGAGAGGCACUCAAGCACCCAUGGUUCGAUGAGCUGGUCGAAGACGACGGAACUGAGGCCACGAGGAUAAGGAUCGAGCGCGAGAGGUUGGCGGAGCAAGGCGACCGUCGCCGGUAG